UGACUGGAAGCGCUGCAUGCAGAACUCAGCACUGAAGAUGGCGGAGGGGGAAUUAAACGUUGACAGUCUCAUUUCGCGCCUUCUCGAAGUGCGAGGAUGUCGCCCAGGGAAGAUCGUACAGAUGACGGAGGCAGAGGUUCGAGGACUCUGCAUUAAGUCUCGAGAGAUCUUUCUCAGCCAGCCCAUUCUGCUGGAGUUGGAGGCUCCUCUUAAAAUCUGUGGUGACAUCCAUGGGCAGUACACAGAUCUGUUGAGGUUGUUUGAAUAUGGUGGUUUUCCUCCGGAGGCGAACUAUCUCUUCCUGGGUGAUUAUGUGGACCGAGGUAAACAGUCUCUGGAGACCAUCUGCCUGCUACUGGCCUACAAAAUCAAAUACCCCGAGAAUUUCUUCCUCCUGCGAGGAAACCACGAGUGUGCCUCCAUCAACCGGAUCUACGGCUUUUACGAUGAGUGCAAACGCAGGUUCAACAUAAAACUCUGGAAGACAUUUACAGACUGCUUCAACUGCCUCCCAAUCGCUGCCAUCAUAGACGAGAAGAUUUUCUGUUGCCAUGGAGGUCUUUCUCCUGAUCUGCAGUCAAUGGAACAGAUACGUCGGAUUAUGCGACCAACUGACGUUCCGGAUACAGGGUUGCUGUGUGAUUUGCUGUGGUCAGACCCAGAUAAGGACGUUCAGGGAUGGGGCGAGAAUGAUCGUGGAGUGUCAUUCACUUUCGGUGCCGAUGUAGUGAGCAAAUUUCUUAACCGCCAUGAUCUGGACCUCAUCUGCAGGGCACACCAGGUGGUUGAAGAUGGUUAUGAGUUUUUUGCAAAGCGGCAGCUGGUCACUCUGUUCUCGGCACCAAACUACUGCGGGGAGUUUGACAACGCCGGUGGAAUGAUGAGCGUGGAUGAGUCACUCAUGUGCUCUUUUCAGAUCCUGAAGCCAUCAGAAAAGAAGGCAAAGUACCAGUACGGUGGGGUGAACUCAGGGCGACCUGUAACCCCUCCCCGUACAGCCCAAGCCCCUAAGAAGAGGUGAGCAACCUCACCCCAGCAAAUUACCCCAGUCCGGGGCAGCUUUACCCUAACUCCCCUCUGAAUUCUCUCUUCCUGCCCUGCCAACCUCAUCUCUGUUAAAAAUUUCUUAAAAUUUGUGUACAGAAAUUUUGCUGUGAUCAGUCAGUGACUUCUCUUUUCAUUUGCUCUGCUUCUUUGUUUAUUGGUAUUUUAAUUACAAUAAUAACAUUAAUAAUCAUAAUACCUUAAUAAGUUGCUCUACAAAAAACCCAGAGCAAAACAAACACACACACACUCAGUGCUUUAACAUACAGAUUGCAGUAGUGGCGUUUUAUUAAACUUCAGAUCAGUACUCUUUUAUUAUUUAACAUUAUUGUUGAUUCAAAAAGAAAGAGUAAAGAUUGUAAGUAUUGAAGUUUGUUGUGUAUUUCGCUACAUUUGGAAGUUUCAAGACUAGAGGCUUUCACAAACACACACACAUACAGAGACAUACAUCAGGCCUAGAACUCAGGCUUAGCUCUUAAAGGGAUAGUUCACCCAAAUAUGAUAAUUCUGUUAGCAUUUUCUCACCCUCAUUUUGUUCCAAACCUGUAUGACUUUCUUCUAUGAAACAGCACAAAAGGAGAUGUUAGGCAGAAUGAAACUGUAUGAUGCAAUGGAAGUGAAAGGUGACUAAUGCUAACAUUCUGCUUAACAUCUCCUUUAGUGUUCCCUGGAGAAAGAAAGUCAUUCAGGUUUGGAACAACAUAUAUUACAGAAUUUUCAUUUUGGGUGAGCUAUCCAUUUAACUCUGUCUGGGUGCUUGAUCACAGGUCAGUGGACACUUUAGUCAAAAACACAGACAUAAUCUAUUGUCAAUAAACUAGGUCAGUGUAGAAAAAGCUGGAAAGGGGAUUUUAACUCUGAUACAGUGACACAUUUGCACAGCUGCAUUUACUCACAGCAUUGCAUGUUCUGUUUUCUUAACACCUCUGGGAUUUACAUCAAAACUCUAUAGUCAGAGCUCUCUGUUUAAUGCGCUGUUUUUAUGUCUUAUGAUAGUAAUAAUUCAGGAGAAAAGUAUCAUAGCAUACCAUUUUAUUGCAUGACCCAUGAACACAUCCAUAAUAACCUGUCUGAAACUUCACAAUUCACCAGCCAUGUUUUCAUUGGAUAACAAGAAAGAGCUGAUACAAGUGCAGCGAGUAGUGAAUGGAAAAAAAUGGUGCCUCCAGAGGAAGACACUGGCUCAGUUGGAAAGGGUUGCACUUGUUUGAAGUUCCCCAACAUUAAGAAUUUUAAAACUGACUUAAAGUCCUAUUGAUGACUAUAUUGGAUUUGAUUAACAGCGUAACCGGUUACCUAAACCAGUAGCACCUUUGGCAAAUAAAUGUUAACAAUGCCUUUCUGUGAGAGGAAACAUUUGCUCACAUUGAUAUUCCACUGUCAUAACUCUUCUUUUAAUGUUCUUAUUUAUGUGUGUUGCUGCUAACUUCUUCUCCUUAAUUUAUUUCCAAAUGUUGGGAAAGCUAUCAAAAUGUUCUAAAAGCAGUUCAUGAGUUUUGUAUAAGUGGGCUUCAAACUUAAUAAAUGGAUGAAACACUCUG